AGCUCCAGGAUUUUUAUUACAUUCUCAUUACAUUGCAUGUGAAAAGUCAUCGAGAAUAGCUGGCGGCAACGAAAUGAUAUUAAAACUUGCUGUCGCUGCAUAUGCGUGCUUUAUUUUCACUCCUCUUUUCGGAAACAGUUUCUCGGAAUUCAAAUUAAAUGGUUAUCGCAAUAAAGCCCUAGAAGAUAGACAUGCGUGCUUUCAAAACAUCACAGAAAGUUCGAUGUCGAAUUGCUUUCAACAUUGCCUUGGCAACUGUUUGUGCACGUCAUUUCAAAUCUGCGACGGUUCUUGUCAGCUGUGUUCUGAAGACAAGGAGAGACUUGGGAUGUUGGGUGAUCAAGAAGGAUGCUCGUAUUUCAAUUUCACAGCCAGUGAUGAGCAGACAGGCGAGCAGCAAUGUCACAGCGGUUGUGCAAGAGGCGUCGACUGUUGUCUUACGUCACAACCAUGUCUCAACGGGGGCACAUGUGUCCCACAAUACUCCACCGUCGACAAGAACCGUUUCACCUGCAAAUGCACGCACUACCGCGGGGGAGAGCGAUGCGAAGAUUGUGCCGACGGCUACACAGGUCACCUAUGCCAAACAAAAGCGAGAUCCUGCAGCGGAUACAAGAACAGCAGUCGGGUUGGGAAAAUCUUCAAAGUAUUUGACAAAAAUGAUAACUUGUUUUCAGUAUUUUGCGACUUCGAUGAAGAGCGAUCUUGGACAUUAAUACAGAGCUUUGCAUUUCAAGAAAGAAAGAGAUUCAAGCCUUCUUUUGUACUGGAUAGGAUUCGUAACCAGGACGCACCCAACUUUCAAGCUUACAGAAUGUCCAAAGCCAGAAUGCAGUCGGUUGCAAAGAAUUGCACUAAGUGGCGUAUCACGUGUGAUUUUCGACAAGGAGAGAAAAUUUCAUACAUAGAUUAUGUGGAAACAUCGCUGACGAAUCUGGAUAUUUUAACAUUCAACGGAAACAGAUGUGUUGAGGUCGACUACAUCGAUAUUCGUGGGACGAACUGCACGAACUGUACGGCGUUCGUCUUGCAGUCGCAUAACAAGAACGUGAAUCCGUACUACAUGGGUCUCCAUUUCGACUCGUUCCUCGGGCCGUCGUUCUCGUGCGAACACAACGCCAGAAAUGGAAGUAAAAAAUGUGGAAAAUCCGGAGAAGAUGAUUUCGGAUUCUUCGAUUGCCGAAGUACAAAACAUCGCUGCUCGGCGCACAACGCGUCCUUGACGUCAGCAUGGUUAGGAGGGUAGAAAAUGAGUAAAAACAUCAAAGAUGUAUUCAGGUACUGUAUAGAGAUCUGUGGCUAAAGAGAGCGGGCCAUGGGUGCGAUAGGCUGCCUUAGCUACUGAACUUUAUAUAGGAGCACAUUCGGACCGAAGAUUCCGUGGGUAAUAAUUUCCGUGGGUAAUAAUUUCCGUGGGUAAUAAUUUCCGUGGGUAAUAAUUUCCGUGGGUAAUAAUUUCCGUGGGUAAGACCGGAGUAGCUAUAGAAAAUUUGCAAACUUUUCAAGGCUGUAUAUACCUCGUUUUACAACACUCUGCAACCAAUCUUACUACGCUCUUUUCAGCUGUGAUCAAUUGAUUGCAUUUUCUCGCAUAGAUCAAAAUGUGGUCUAAAAUGCCAAAGGUCUAUUCUCACUUACCGCAUG